CAAAACGAUGAUGUGUCGUGAGAUCGUAGACAACCCAUUCAUCCGAAGGACAGGUGGUUUCAUACUUGCAAAUCAAUGAGAACGAACGAAAACUUGUCUCAAUUGAUCAGUUUUCUAAUAGAAACCUGAAUACUACUGGCGAAUAAGCAAUUUGGCACGACGUCAGGCAGCGAAAAACGUUAAAUUCCAUCACUUUUUGAACUGCUUCACUCCUCUACCAACAGUCAACAUGAAGUUCUUGAUUGCUCUCGCAUUUGUUGUGACUGUCGCUCUUGUCAACGCUGACGAUGAUUAUGACAAGCCGUACUCGACAUCUUAUUCUGUCCCGUCUUAUUCGUCCCCUUCGUACUCGGCUCCGUCUUACAGGGCUCCAUCUUACUCGGCCCCAUCCUACUCGGCCCCUACUUACACGAAGAAGGUCGUAGUGUAUCCGCCUCCGCAGUACGAGACCGUUAAAUACGCUGGUUACACCCGUGCUGGCAAAAAAGGCAAGAAAACUGUUCCAGUCUACACAACAGCAGACAAGUACUAGACACCAGAUUUCCGCGCAUGUAUUGGAUUUAAAGCCGAACUGUAGUCCAAUCACAGCGCCUUCGCUAAAAUAUUUAUUUCCAAAAAGUAUAUAUUUUUAAUUAUUUGAAAAUUGAGCAACAUGUAUCAGUUUCGUGAUGCAUGCUUUUGUGCGCUGAUGAUGCUGGAUUUUCAUAUAUUAGUAUAGAUUGGUUGUGAAUGACCAGUAGAAAAUGGAAAAUAAAACAAAAUACUUUCCUAUGACAACAGAGAAGCUA